CCGGCCCGGCCCGGCCCGGCCCGACAGUCAUGGAGCGCUGGCCGUGGCCGUCGGGCGGCGCCUGGCUGCUCGUGGCUGCCCGCGCGCUGCUGCAGCUGCUGCGCGCAGACCUGCGUCUGGGCCGCCCGCUGCUGGCGGCGCUGGCGCUGCUGGCCGCGCUCGACUGGCUGUGCCAGCGCCUGCUACCCCCGCCGGCCGCACUCGCCGUGCUAGCCGCCACUGGCUGGAUCGCGUUGUCCCGCCUGGCGCGCCCGCUGCGCCUGCCGGUGGCCACUCGCGCGGUGCUCAUCACCGGCUGUGACUCUGGUUUUGGCAAGGAGACAGCCAAGAAACUUGACUCUAUGGGCUUCACGGUGCUGGCCACCGUGUUGGAGUUAAAUAGCCCUGGUGCCCUGGAGCUGCGCGCCUGCUGUUCCCCUCGCCUAAGGCUGCUGCAGAUGGACCUGACCAAGCCAGAGGACAUUAGUCGUGUCCUGGAGUUCACCAAGGCCCACACCACCAGCACAGGUCUGUGGGGCCUGGUCAACAAUGCAGGCCACAAUGACAUAGUGGCCGAUGCAGAACUGUCUCCGGUGGCCGCAUUCCGCAGCUGCAUGGAGGUGAAUUUCUUUGGUGUGCUAGAGCUGACCAAGGGCCUCCUGCCCCUCCUGCGGCGCUCCAGGGGUCGCAUCGUGACUAUAGGCAGCCCAGCAGGAGACAUGCCAUAUCCAUGCUUGGCGGCCUAUGGGACCUCCAAGGCGGCCAUGGCACUGCUUAUGGACACAUUCAGCUGUGAACUCCUUCCCUGGGGCAUCAAGGUCAGCAUCAUCCAGCCUGGCUGCUUCAAGACAGAGUCAGUUACAAACGUGGGUCAGUGGGAGAAGUGCAAGCAACUGCUGCUGGCCAACCUGCCUGAAGAGCUGCUGCAGGCCUAUGGUGAGGACUACAUCGAGCACUUGUACAGGCAGUUCCUGCACUCCCUACACUUGGCGCUGCCAGACCUCAGCCCAGUUGUAGAUGCCAUCACAGAUGCGCUGCUGGCAGCUCAACCACGCCGCCGCUAUUACCCAGGCCAAGGCGUGUGGCUCAUGUACUUCAUCCACUACUACCUGCCUGAGGGCCUGCGGCGCUGCUUUCUGCAGUGCUUCUUCAUCCGUCACUGUCUGCCUCGAGCACUGAAGCCGGGUCAGCCAGGCCCCAACCGCCUGGAGGAUGGAGCCCAGGACCCAAACCUGAGCCCAGGCCCUUCCCCAGAGAUGGAUUGGUGAGCCGUGUGCAUAUGCGGCCCGGCUGCUCAGCACAGGAGGUGCCAUGAGCCCUUGGCCCUCCCCUGGGCAUUAGGAGCCCCUGAGUUUGCCCUAGAGUCUGGCCCCAGCCCCCUCCCCAACUGCCAGUGACCAGUGCAGACCUUGGUGAAGCUGAGGUCUCCCCGUGAGCCUUUGGGCCUCUCUCUCCUGCUUUAUGAGCCCAAAUAGACCCUUCUGGGCACAAUAUUCUACCCUGCAGCUUGGACAGCUCAGCUGGAGGGAGAGUUUAACGCAAGACUUCACUGUAGCCUUCGACAGGACUCUGCAGAUAGUGCCUCUGCACACUAAGGAGUGACUGGGUGGGUUGAGGACCCCCUCAGGAUUGUUUCUCGGCACUAGUAUCUCAGUGCUGCAACUGAAGGAUAAAUCACAACUGUCUCUUGACUGGUUCAAGAACUAGGGCCCCAAUACUCACCCCUCCUUCCACAAGCCACAGGGAAACUGCAUACCCUACUUCCUGAAUGCCAUUUUUUAAAUAAAGACAAAUUUUUAUUUCUCCUA